AUGGCUCUUUUGGAGGUACCUACCUCGGCUGCACCCGCUGUACCCACCCCUAUAGUAGUUACGGUACCAGCAGUGGUACCACCGGCACACCCGGCUCCUACUCCGGUCGAGGCCACUGCGUAUCAGGCACCCUCGCCACCGGUGCCUACUGCACACCAAGCACCCACACCAGCAGCAGUUGCUCCAUUUCUAGUUCCACCACCUACCGUACCUCCAGUCACGGCCACUUAUAUCGACCCUGCAGUGCCACCAGCGACACCUGCUUCAACUUAUGAAGCAGCACCGGGACUACCUCCCCCGGUCUAUCCAGCGGUACUACCUGUAGCACCAGCUCUAGUGGUUCCAUCAGUUCCUGAAGUUGUCGCUACCCAUCUCACGGAUAUGGUCGCAACACGAGCUCAGAUUCCAGCAUUGGCAGAGUCAAUGAAAAGUCGAUUCACACUGUUCCGCAGAGAGACUGAUCCGAGUGUGGCUCAGUCCUGGAUUGAGACGAUGGAGUGA